CAAUGCUGCUGUUACUAACUUAUGCUUUUAUCUAAUUUGGAGCUGUCAAGGCUGAAAGUGUGAGUAUUGGAGGGAACUUAAACAAAAUGGACUUCCUUGUUUCCAUUUUGUUAAGUUUUCUCCAAUAUCUCAUUUCCAUCCUUCACUCUUUGAGACAAGCAUAUUUGGUCAACAGGGAGAUAGAGAGGGUGUUCUGUCUUAGCAUUGAUCACCCAAGUAGAAGAGACAAGAGAGCGGUCUGGUUCCAAAAAAUGGAAGCUUGCUUGACGAAAUGUUGCAAUAUCAACUCUCUCUUGAGAGCCCUUAAUCCCUUUCGCAGCUCGUCCAUGUCCAUCCACUUCCGCUCUGUUAGAAAUUCGGUUAAAAAGGCAUACGAUGGGCUGCUGUUGGACGCCGCAGGCACUCUUUUGCAAUUGCCGAAGCCCGUGGAAGAGACUUACGCUGCCAUUGGGGCUAAAUACGGACUGAAACUGAGUUCAGCUGAAAUAAAGCAAGGAUUUAAGAGGGCUUUUGCUGCUCCCUGGCCCGAGAAGCUCCGUUAUGAGGGAGAUGGGAAGCCUUUCUGGAAACUUGUUGUUUCUGAAGCCACUGGUUGUUCCAAUGAUGAUUACUUCGAGGAAGUCUAUGAGCAUUAUGCAAAUGGCGAUGCAUGGCGUCUUCCAGAUGGAGCUUAUGAUACGAUAUUCGUUCUCAAAAAUGCUGGAGUUAAAGUGGCUGUCGUGUCCAAUUUUGACACCCGAUUAAGGAGGGUAUUGAAGGACCUCAAUGUCAUAGAUCUGUUGGAUGCUCUAAUUAUAUCUUCAGAGGUUGGUUAUGAAAAACCAGAUGCAAGGAUAUUCAAAGCUGCUUUAGAUCAAAUUGGCCUGGAUGCCGGCAAGGUGGUGCAUGUUGGGGAUGAUCAAAAGGCAGAUAAGGUGGGAGCCAAUGCUGUGGGCAUCGAUUGCUGGUUGUGGGGUAGAGAUGUUAAAACUUUUGCAGAUAUACAGACGUUCCUCCUCAUCUCCGAUUCGUCAUAGCUUCCAAUACUUUUUUGACUCCGCAAAUGGGAAAUAAAGUCUUGUUAUGAUGGGGUAGGCCAUUGAUUUGACCUCCAUGAUUGUUCCACAUGGUAGCAAUGGUGCUUUUACUCCUAAUUGGAUUGAACAGUCACACAUAUUCACUUACUUUUUAUUUAUUUGAAUUCUGGAAUAAGGGAUUCUUGUAUGUAUCCGAAGCUUUUACGGUUGUUAAGCAUAUUGAAAAAUUUUCUAUAUUGGGAAACCCAUAGUUGUUUACUUAUUUGA